GAAAGGGAGAAGCAGACUCGACUGAUUCGGGAGCUCAAAGUGGGGCUGGAUGCAGGGCUCGAUCCCAGGCCCUUGGGAUCAUGACCUAAGCUGAAGGCAAACGCUUAACUGACUGAGCCACCCAGGCGCCCCACCCAACAUCUUAUUUUAAAAAUCCUUUUUUCUAGUUCUUAAGAAAAAGCUUUUUAGCAAAUUAAGAAAUUCCUUUUACUUUGGUGAUUUCCAGAUUAUAACCAUCCAUUUUUAUCCAUCCUGGUAGUGAGAUUGAGUCUAUAUUAGGAAGCAGCACACUGUAGAAGGAACAUCUUUGUGACGCGGCCUGCCUCCGCAGCCCGAAUCCCUUGACAUUUUCCGUGGGAAAGGGAUGAUGUGGAGAUGGUAGGCUGGCCUGGAGAGGAUCACCCUUAAGUGAUGACCCAAACCUGACUUUCCAGAACCUGAGAUUCUUUCUUAUCCUCACGUCAAAGGGGUGUUCUGGAGCCGAGUUGCCCUGUAGAACUUUGUGUGAUGGAAAUGCUCAGUGAGUCCAUGUGGCUGUGGAGUACCUGAAUGUCACACAACUCAGGAACUGAAUUUUUUUUUUAUUUCAUGUAAUUAAUUAAAAAUUUAAAACGUCCCUCCUGAAUAGCAUGGACCUAGGCCAGAAAGCUAGAACUAUACUGAACUUUGAAGUGUCCUGAGAGUGGGCUCUGAAGGCUGUCUGGAGUCACGUGAGGGUCCGGCUGACCCCAGAUUGAUGCUUCUGGGGAGUCCUCCCAUACAACCGCCUUUAGUGAGGGGUCCUUUCUGCCCCCAUGAUGUCAACUCCUGGGUGCUUGCAGGACCCGCAUGGGAAGCCUGCUGGGGAAUGGGUUGCUUCUGAGGUGCUCACAUUGCACAGUGGCCUGGAAAAGGUCCCUGGAGCCAGCUGGAAGGCCACGUGGCCCAGGCAGCCCGCUUCCAGGGCUCAGCCCGCUCCGGGGCAGCUCCCCUGCGGAUGAAUGAGCCCAAGCCCGAGCCCUCCGUGGGGCCACUUCCAGGAUGGCUGGGCUCCCAGGCAGCCCCUGCCGCCUCGUGCCCGCACAGCUGAACUGGGCCCCUUUCCAGCGAGCAGCGACUCAGCCUGUACAUCCUCUUAUUUUUCUGUGGGGAAUGAUUUCCUAAGCGGAGAAAACCAUUGUAUUGGGUGACGCGUUUGGGGACCUUGUGGAAAAACAUGCUGAGGGCUGUUUGUUCAUCUGGAGGGCUUGGCAGCGGAGGGUGAAGGUUCGCUUGGGCAGAACUCUCCCUCGGCCUGCUUCGAAAGAGUUAACUCGGGGCGCCCGUGACGUCAGUCCUGAUCUUUACACCCCUCCACUUGAGCAAUCUCCGCCUCCUCGCGGGGGCCGCUGCUCAUUGGCUGUGGGCAGGACUUCCCCUGGGCCGGCUUUUCUCAAUUAAGUAAAAGGGCAGGGCCUGAGCAGCCAAUGACAGCUGCGCGCCGGCUUUUCUGGAGCGAGUGUGCGGCCGGAGCAGCAUUCCCUGGCUCCCCAGCGGCUGCUGCGCGCGCGCCCGGCUCGCCGUCAGCAUGCUCUGCCUGUGCCUGUAUGUGCCGCUCAUCGGGGAGACCCAGACCGAGUUCCAGUACUUCGAGUCCAAGGGCCUUCCCGCCGAGCUCAAGUCCAUCUUCAAACUCAGCGUCUUCAUCCCCUCCCAGGAGUUUUCCACCUACCGCCAGUGGAAGCAGAAAAUUGUGCAAGCUGGAGACAAAGACCUCGAUGGGCAGCUCGACUUUGAAGAGUUUGUCCAUUAUCUCCAAGAUCACGAGAAGAAGCUGAGGCUGGUGUUCAAGAGUUUGGACAAGAAGAAUGAUGGACGGAUCGACGCUCAGGAAAUCAUGCAGUCCCUGCGGGACCUGGGGGUCAAGAUAUCCGAACAGCAGGCGGAAAAAAUUCUCAAGAGCAUGGAUAAAAAUGGCACGAUGACCAUCGACUGGAACGAGUGGAGAGACUACCACCUUCUGCACCCCGUGGAAAACAUCCCCGAGAUCAUCCUGUACUGGAAGCAUUCCACGAUCUUUGAUGUGGGUGAGAAUCUGACGGUCCCCGAUGAAUUCACGGUGGAGGAAAGGCAGACGGGGAUGUGGUGGAGACACUUGGUGGCUGGAGGCGGGGCAGGGGCUGUAUCCAGAACUUGCACAGCGCCCCUGGACCGACUCAAGGUGCUCAUGCAGGUCCACGCCUCCCGCAGCAACAACAUGUGCAUCGUGGGCGGGUUCACCCAGAUGAUUCGAGAAGGUGGGGCCAAAUCCCUCUGGCGGGGCAACGGCAUCAACGUCCUCAAAAUUGCCCCCGAGUCGGCCAUCAAAUUCAUGGCCUAUGAGCAGAUCAAGCGUCUCAUGGGAAGUGACCAGGAGACUCUGAGGAUUCAUGAGAGGCUUGUGGCAGGGUCCUUGGCGGGGGCCAUCGCCCAGAGCAGCAUCUACCCGAUGGAGGUUCUGAAGACCCGGAUGGCCCUGCGCAAGACAGGCCAGUACUCGGGCAUGCUGGACUGUGCCAGGAAGAUCCUGGCCAGAGAGGGGGUGGCCGCCUUCUACAAAGGCUAUGUUCCCAACAUGCUGGGGAUCAUCCCCUACGCCGGGAUAGACCUAGCCGUCUACGAGACGCUCAAGAACGCCUGGCUACAGCGCUACGCGGUAAACAGUGCGGACCCUGGCGUGUUCGUGCUCCUGGCCUGCGGCACCAUGUCCAGCACCUGUGGCCAGCUGGCCAGCUACCCACUGGCCCUGGUCAGGACCCGGAUGCAGGCCCAAGCCUCCAUUGAGGGCGCCCCGGAGGUGACCAUGAGCAGCCUCUUCAGACAGAUCCUGCGGACCGAGGGGGCCUUUGGCCUGUACCGGGGGCUGGCCCCCAACUUCAUGAAGGUGAUCCCAGCUGUGAGCAUCAGCUACGUGGUAUACGAGAACCUGAAGAUCACCCUGGGCGUGCAGUCACGGUGAUGGGACAGGGGGGGCAGCCCCGCCUCGCUCGGCGGACUCACCGAUCCUGGGCCCGCAGCCCCGGGAUGUGUAGCCAUCCAUUCUGUGAAUGUGCCAACACUAAGCUGACUGAAGCCAAGCUGUGAAAAGCCUGGGAUGCGCCCGCAAGGGAGUGGGGGAAGGCCCGGCAGGCCCACUGGGUGUGUCCUGCUGACCCUGGCCGGCCAGCACAUCCGUUCCAGGGGCCAGCAGGACACGGGCACACGCGCACAGGGACGGGACAUUUCCCACGGUGCCUGCCGGACCACGGUGCCCAGAGCCGGCUUCAUUCUUCCAUCUCACAGCCAGACCACCAGCCGCAGGCCCUGCCCUCUGGCCUGCCGGGCGUCUACCCCAUGCCCGCCUCGCUUCCUUCCUUGCUGCUGUGUUAAUAUGGUUGGAGGAGGGCCACCAGCCCUCUCCCCAUAUUAGCACCCACUCCUCUCCCCUUGGUGUGUGGGGGCCUCACGCCCUAGCUUCCUGAUCUUCGGGGUCCCCUCUGGCUAGGUUGUGCCGGGGAGAGGGAGGAGUCUGGCUUCUGUGCUCACCCUCAUCUGAGCCCUGCUGUUGGCUUCCGAGCGCCCCAACAGAUGGGCACCCAGAUGUGCGUGUGCAUGCGGGGGGCAGGGCCAAGCCCCUCCGUUGGCCGCCUGGCAUCCCGGUGCAUGGCUUCACGGAAGGCAAGUGCUGGCUCCCGCAACAGGGAAGGCCUUGCUGCCCCUGCCACUGGGGGUGUCUGGGUGCUCUGAGCUGGCCCCAGACUCUGUCAGGACUGGCGCCGGCUCAGAACAACUCCCUGUCCCCGCUCGGGAAUGAGAGCAGGGUGCGGGCAUCACGGAGCUGCGGGAAGGGCAGCCCCUGCCCCGCGACUACACACCCUAACGAGAGGAGAAGGUGUUCAAGGCCUUAAUUAUGUGUCAUUGGGCAAAGGGUUUGGUUCAGAAGGACAAGCUGGACAAAUGUGUAAGGGGGAAGGGGGAAGACAAAGGAGGUAGAGAGCCUGGCCAACUGCAUUAAAGUCUGUUUCCGAGCCCCUGGGGAUUCGUGUCCAAUCCCAGUCGGGGCAAAGUGGGACCAGCCUCACAUUCCACUGACCCGGAUGUCACACUGCUUGGAGCCUAUUUAUUUCGUAUUUAUUUGAACAGAGUUAUGUCCUAACUAUUUUUAUAGAUUUGUUUAAUUAAUAGCUUGUCAUUUUCAAGUUCAUUUUGUAUUCAUAUUUAUGUUCAUGGUUGAUUGUUCCUUCCUAGCACCCUCCAGGCCGGGUGGGAAGAGGGAGGAGGUGCCGUGGGAGUGACCUUUCCCGCCACUGGCCACACUGACGUCAAGUCUGUCCAAAGAAAUUCCUCGGAACUGACGACAGAUAAAAGGUCAGGGGGGGAGGGGCCCUGGUCAGGGGGAGAUGACCUUGGGCAGCUCAGGACAGGGCUCACACCCAAGAAGCCUUAGGAUCUGAGGGUUCGAUAGAGAGCAGGAAGAGUGGCAGAAAUCUCAGUUGCAUUGAAGAUGGAAGUCCAAAUCAUUUCUUGGGCUGGGAGGAUCUCUUCAUUUCAUCCUUCCGAAUGACAAGGCGCUGAGGGGGGUAUCACUGUGAGUUUGGGGUGGGAGCUCCAGGAGAGGGCGGCCAGCAUCCCGCCCCUACCUGUGAAGUGGCCUCCCUCCCAGGCCCCCCCUGCCGCUGACGCCACCCCUGCUCAGCAAUGCCGGUCAACUUGCCACUCGCGGCCGCACUUCCGUUCCACCAGAAGGCCUGGUGAGGACAAUUCAAAUAGGAUGCAAAGAUCAAUGCAAAAAUUAUUGUUAUAUAUAAAUCUAGCGAUAACUGGAAUUUGUGAAAAAGCAAAUUAAAGAAUUGGAAGUUGUCAUUUAAAACAGCCUUCUAAUAAAAUUGUUUCAAAGCUGA